CAGCAGUGCAGUAUAAUGGGAGCGCAAGCAACCCAGAGCGCCUCAUAGGGGGCUGCAUAUCGUUGCUGUAUCCUUUGCUUGGCGCUCUCUAGCCCCUCUCCAACCCUCUCCAGUACCUCACCUAUAGCCCAUGCUCGGGCUCCCCCCCUCCCCACUGGAUCUGUACCCUUCGACAUGGAUGUCCCGUCGUCCCUCGACCCGGAGGAUUGUUGUUUCUUGGCGCAGUGAAGGAGGAGAAGGGGAAGGAAUCAUGCCGGGACUGCUAAUGGAUUUAGGGAAAGCACAAGUGACCAUGCCGUGAUCUUGCGCAUCCAGGGCCGCCGUCACCCUGCCUUGCCCAACGACCGUAGAAGAAUUACGGGGGAAUCGAACCCGCGCACCGGGGGGAUUAAACCACUGUGCAUUUUUUUAAAAACAACAUGAAGAUUACCUCCCAUCAUCUGAUGAUAACCAGUCUCGUUUUCAGGUCCAACCUCAGGCUGAUCCCGCUUCUGCUGCUGUUUCUUGGUUAUUCUCGCGGGAUGCCGCACGUUUUAAGAUUUGGGGGAAUAUUUGAAUCCAUAGAGAGCGGCCCCUCUGGAGCAGAGGAACUAGCCUUUAAAUUUGCCUUGAACACAAUCAACAGGAACCGCACCUUGCUCCCAAACACCACACUGACUUAUGACAUCCAGAGAAUAAACAUCUUCGACAGCUUUGAGGCCUCCAGGAAAGCAUGUGAUCAGCUUUCUCUCGGGGUGGCGGCCAUUUUCGGGCCCUCACACAGCUCGUCAGCCAACGCCGUGCAGUCCAUCUGUAAUGCUCUGGGAGUGCCCCACAUUCAGACCAAAUGGAAGCAUCAAGUUUCAGAUAACAGGGACUCGUACUAUGUCAGCCUGUUCCCUGACUUCUCCUCCCUUAGUAGAGCCAUCCUCGAUCUGGUGCACUUCUUCAAGUGGAGAACAGUGACUGUGGUCUAUGACGACAGCACAGGUACAGGUCUCAUUCGACUGCAGGAACUGAUCAAGGCACCGUCACGAUAUAACAUUCGUUUGAAGAUCCGACAGCUGCCCACAGAGACCAAGGACGCCAAGCCACUUCUGAAAGAGAUGAAGAAAGCAAAGGAGUUCCAUGUGAUCUUUGAUUGUGGACAUGAGAUGGCUGCCUGGAUACUGAAACAGGCACUGGCUAUGGGCAUGAUGACAGAAUAUUACCAUUAUAUUUUUACUACCCUGGACCUGUUUGCCCUGGACAUGGAACCGUAUCGUUACAGUGGAGUCAACAUGACCGGCUUUCGCAUCCUCAACACAGAAAAUUCUCAGGUUUCGUCAAUCAUUGAGAAGUGGUCGAUGGAGCGGCUUCAAGCCCCACCCAAACCGGACUCAGGCUUGUUGGAUGGAUUCAUGACGACGGAUGCGGCGUUGAUGUACGACGCCGUGCACGUGGUGGCGGUGGCGGUGCAGCAGUCACAGCAGAUCACUGUCAGCUCUCUGCAGUGUAAUCGCCACAAGCCGUGGCGCUUCGGUGGGCGUUUCAUCAGUCUCAUCAAAGAGGCUCACUGGGAUGGUUUGACGGGGCGUGUUCUCUUCAACAAGACAAAUGGUCUGAGAACAGAUUUCGAUUUGGAUGUCAUCAGUUUGAAGGAGGAGGGGCUGGAAAAGAUUGGAACAUGGGAUCCUCCCAGCGGUCUGAAUAUGACAGAUACUCACAAAAGCAAGCAAUCCAACAUCACCGACUCUCUGGCUAACAAAUCCCUGCGUGUAUCCACCAUUCUGGAGGAGCCAUAUGUGAUGUUCAAGAAGUCAGACAAGCCUCUCUACGGGAACGACCGCUUUGAGGGUUACUGUAUCGACCUGCUGAGGGAGCUCUCUGGGAUCCUGGGUUUCCGCUACGAGGUGCGAUUAGUGGAGGACGGCAAAUACGGCGCCCUGGAUGAGAGCAGUGGGCAGUGGAACGGCAUGGUGCGCGAGCUCAUGGACCAUAAAGCAGACCUGGCAGUAGCCCCUCUGGCCAUCACCUAUGUCAGAGAGAAGGUCAUCGACUUCUCCAAACCCUUCAUGACGCUCGGGAUAAGUAUCCUGUAUCGCAAGCCCAACGGCACAAACCCAGGGGUCUUCUCCUUUCUCAACCCCCUCUCACCUGAUAUCUGGAUGUAUAUUCUGCUGGCUUGCUUGGGUGUCAGUUGUGUGCUGUUUGUCAUAGCCAGGUUUAGUCCAUACGAGUGGUAUAAUCCGCAUCCAUGCAACCCAGACUCGGAUGUAGUGGAAAACAAUUUUACGCUGCUCAAUAGUUUCUGGUUUGGAGUUGGGGCUCUCAUGCAGCAAGGUUCAGAGCUCAUGCCCAAAGCCCUGUCGACUCGAAUAGUUGGAGGCAUCUGGUGGUUCUUUACCCUCAUCAUCAUUUCCUCCUAUACGGCCAAUCUGGCCGCUUUCCUCACAGUGGAGAGGAUGGAGUCACCUAUAGACUCCGCUGAUGAUCUCGCCAAGCAGACUAAAAUACUGUAUGGGGUGGUGGAAGACGGCUCUACCAUGACCUUCUUCAAGAAGACAAAAAUCUCCACCUAUGACAAGAUGUGGGAGUUCAUGAACAGCAGGAGGCAAUCUGUAAUGGUUAAGAACGUGGACGAGGGCAUCCAACGCGUCCUGACCUCAGACUACGCCUUCCUCAUGGAGUCCACCACCAUCGAGUUUGUCACGCAACGCAACUGCAAUCUCACACAGAUCGGAGGCCUCAUUGACUCCAAAGCCUAUGGAGUGGGAACACCUAUGGGCUCUCCAUAUAGAGACAAGAUCACGAUAGCCAUUCUGCAGCUGCAGGAGGAAGGGAAGCUGCACAUGAUGAAAGAGAAGUGGUGGAGAGGGAACGGCUGUCCCGAGGAGGAGAGUAAAGAGGCCAGUGCUCUAGGGGUGCAGAACAUUGGUGGGAUCUUCAUCGUGCUGGCUGCAGGACUGGUGCUGUCAGUGUUUGUGGCUGUUGGGGAGGUUCUUUACAAGUCCAAACAGAAUGCCCAACUGGAAAAGCGAUCAUUCUGCAGUGCCAUGAUGGACGAGUUGCGGGUGUCUCUGAAGUGCCAACGGCGUCUCAAACAGAAGCCUCAGCCGCCCGUCAUCGUCAAGACAGAGGAGGUCAUUAACAUGCACACAUUCAACGACAGGAGACUCCCAGGAAAGGAAACCAUGGCGUGAGCGCUGAACAUUCCCCACCCUCAGUAUAAAAAAAAAAAAAAAAAAGAAAACAAAACAAAAAAAAAAACAUGGAGGGGAGAUGGGGUCAAAAUAAUGCUGACUUCACCACUGACUGAGGUUAGCAGUUGAAACAGGAUUCCUUUUGAACCCACUUGCUUAUGUAGACAGAUGUUUCCUGUGGAAAUAUAGAUACUUGAGCAGUGUCACCUCACUGUGACGUCCACUAUUUUGAAGGGAGCCGGAAGGGAAGGACAUUAAUGUUUGGGGUUGAUAAAGUAUGUAAAGGAUCCAAGAGGAUUUGGGACAAAACAUAAGUCCGGUCCGCACUAGAAGUGGGCCCUACAUGCAUACAAACAUAAACAUAACACAUGUAUGCGCACACAGACACACACAUACACUCAUCUGACACACCUGACACCUGUGCAGAAGGGAAAACUCUAUUGUGACAGUAACACCAGAUGUAGAUUUUCUGUUGAUGUCAAAGCCCUUUUGUCUUACCUCCAUGUGUGUGACCCCAUUGGUCCCUCCCUUCAGUGGCUUGAGUUUCUUAAAAAUGAUUUGAAACACUAAUCUUACAACAACAAAAGGGAACGGUAGUCAGUGCCAAAUGGUUAACUAUGAACUGAUGUAUAAAAGUGAUAUUUAGUUUGGAAUCAUCUAUGCUGACCUUGUCGAAUAUUCAUUGUUUUCUUCUGUAAUGCCUUUCUCGUGCCAAAGUUCUGCCAUCGUGAAGAACUUUCCAACAUGCCUAUUAUGUUCCAAGCCUCUACAAGCAAAUGUGUACUGUCAACGCUCUCAACCACGUCCGUCUUCACAUGCAGUCUGCAGUUUUCACUCUGUAUCAGUUGUUGUUUAAAUGCAGGAUUUCUACAAAAAUGUUUGUUUUUGUACAAGAACAAGAAGUUUUGUAGUACUUUGUAUCAUGGUAGCCCCUCCUGUGGACAAAAUAUGUAGCAGAUACCAACUCAGCCCUCAAACUCUGGUGUCUUAUAGGGCUCCGACUCUGCUGUGUAGGGUUCAUCUCUCUCAUCAUUCAGAGAUCCAGUCUUUUGUCUGUCAAGUCUUGUGGUGCCAGCUGUAGUUUUUUUUUUUUUUUUUUUUUUUUAUACAUCAGGGGACAAUGUAGUGAAUUCAUGCUUAAGUGUGGGGAAGGCAAAUGGAACUGUAAACUGCAUCUGGAAUUUCUAAAAUGAGAUAGAAAGCAGGAAAGAGAGUGACUCAUUCUAGAAAUCAAAUACGGUGCCUCUGUCAGCAACAUCCUACUGUUGUCAACUAACAAAAGCAAUGAGUCAAAUCUGUGAAAGACAUAGUAAAACAUGACACCCGCAAGUACUUUUGUAAUAAUACACUACUUGUUUGUACCAGCAGUAAGUCCUUUAUAAAGUACCAAAAAUCUGACACUAACCCAGUGUAACUAUGUGUUAAAAUCAGCAAAAAUAAUUCAGUGAAGUAUAGAAAAUCGGACGAAAACUUGAAGUCGCAGGUUUGAAGGGUAUUAAACCUGUGGGAAUAAAUGUAGUUUUUCAAAUGGCUUGUGUCUGUUCUGUCAGAAUUAAUAAAAAUAACAAUUAGCAGCUCUGAAGCAAUGAUAUUACCUUGUAAUGUAAUAUCUCACCUUUACUUAUUUGUCGGUUGUUGCUCCAGUGUUGUUGUUGUUGUUGUGCGUUGACUUGAGCGAUGCGAGGCCAUGUUGUUGAAUGAUUGCCCGUGGGUAAAGAACCUGAUGUAUCCGCUAAUUGUUUCCUGAUGUAUAUUUUUUUCUCACCAAGUGACACAAACACAUCUGGCAUCACAACACUAUUUGUCUUUUAACUCUGUUUAAUGUUGUAAAAUGACAAGCAUACUUGGUAGGUUACUUUAUCACUGCCCCUGUCUUACUACUCUACCUUGUUCCUGUUAUUCCAAGAGAUUUUACAAGACGAAGAAAAAAAAAAAAAAAACCCACACACAAGGUAAAUAAUUUUAAUGAUGUGUGAGUGGAUAUUUAAUGGGAAAUUGAAAACAGACAUAUACACCUAGCAUAAACCUGACAGGGAAGACAUCAUUCUGAAACUCGUCUGUGUUCUACCAGUGUUGCUUGUCAUUUUCCACGCAGCUCAAACUAGUGGUGCAAGCUGAAGUGAUUGAAUACCUGGAAAACAUUUAUUAGGAACUCCAGAGGCUUGGCUCCGGGUUGAAAACAAAUAUGAGCUCAUGGAACUUAACAUUGAUGCAAGGUUUUACAAAUAAUGUCAUUAAAAAUGUCAUAAUUGUA